AUGCCUGCCUCUAUUCCACAUGAACAUGUACAUCUUCUUAAACAAUUUAUUGCAUUAUGUGAUGCACAACCUGAAUUACUUCAUGCACCUGAAUUAGAAUUCUUUCGACAAUGGCUCUUAAAAUUAGGAGCAACUAUUCCAAGUAGUAAAAGUCAUGUACAUUCAGAAUCAACUAAAAUGGAUGUAGAUGAUGAAGAACAUGUUUCAUCAUCAAAACAUCAUCAUGAAUCAUCAAAAGUCGAUAGUGAACCAGAAAGUGAAUUAGAAUUAGAUACAACGAGUGUAAUUGAAGGUGAUAAUGAUCCACCACAAUCAAUGGGUGAUCCUGAUAUUGAAAUUACCGAUGCUAUGUUGGAACAAGCAGAUGUUAAACGUGGUGAAGCUCAAGCUAAACUUUCGGAAGGUGCAUUCGAAGAAGCUAUUUCUUUAUUUACACAAGCUAUUGAAAAUAAUCCUCAAUCAGCUAUUUUACAUGCUAAACGUGCACAAUGUUAUAUUAAACUUCAGAAGCCUAAUGCAGCUAUUCGUGAUUGUAAUCGUGCUUUGGAACUUAAUGAAAAUUCUCAACAAGCACUUAAAUGGAGAGGAAAAGCUAAUCGUAUGUUGGGUAAUUGGGAAGCUGCUUAUAAAGAUUUUUGUAAAGCUCAAUUAUCUGAUUUUGAUGAAGAUGUUCAAAUAUGGUGUAAAGAAGUUGAAGCAAAUGCCAAAAAAGUUACUGAACAUAAACGUAAAUAUGAACGACUUCGAGAAAGAAAAGAAGCUGAUGCUAAACGAGAACGUAUUCGUAAAGCUCAAGAAGCUUAUGCUAAAGCACAACAUGAAGAAAAUGAACGACGAGCACACGAACAACAUUCUCAUUCAGCAGGUGGUCAUCAAUUUCCAGGUGCUGGAAUGGGUGGUAUGGGUGGUCGAGGUGAUUUAGGAGGAUUGGGUGCUGUUAUGAAUGAUCCGGAAAUAUUGGAAGCAUUACAAGAUCCAGAUGUACAAAAAGCUUUCGCGGAAGUCAGUUCGGAUCCAUCGAAAUUAGCUGCUCAUCAGAGUAAUCCAAAGGUACGCAAAAUUAUGGAAAAACUUGCUAAUAAGUUUGGUGGUGCUGGUGGAUCUAUGGGAGGUGGAUUUCCUGGUUUUCCAGGUGGUAUGGGUGGUGGAGCCAGUGCAUCUUCAACCAAUGAUCUGGACUAA